UCCAUUAAUUAAAAAAAUUAUAAAUUUAAUAUAAAAUAAUAUAAACAAAUAGUUAUCGAAGGCAUAGUGUUAAAAAUAGUGGUGACACAUUCAUUGGGCAAUCAAACUCGAUAAUAUUAAUUAUUUAUCACAUAACAAUCAAAUUAUGAGUCUAAAUAGCUGUAAAUUAAAGGAAGCUCAGGCUUUAGGGAAGAAGUUUGUCGACUUCCUAAACGCCACUGGCUCUCCCUUCCAUUCCGUCAAACAACUCUCUCUUUACCUUACCAACAAUCUUCCAAUCAAACAUCUCAAUGAAUUUGACAACUGGAAUUUAGAAAAGGGACAAAGUUAUUAUGUUACUAAUAAUAAUGGCACUAUGAUGGCCUUCAAUAUAGGUAAGAAAUUUGAUGUGAAUAAGGGUGGAAUGAUAUUGGUUUGUUCUCAUACUGAUUCUCCUUGCCUUAAAUUGGAUUUUAAGUGUCACGUUAAUAAUAAAGGUUUUAAUCAGUUAUCAGUAACCACUUAUGGUGGAGGAUUAUGGCAUACUUGGAUGGAUCGUGACCUUGGUUUGGCAGGAAAAGUUAUCGUCAAAUCGAAAAACAAAUUAGAAGAAAAGCUACUACAUGUCCAAAAACCAUUGAUUUUACUACCAAAUCUUGCAAUUCACUUGCAAAACUCCACUGAACGUGAAGCACUAAAACUCAACAAAGAUAAUCACUUGAAGCCUUUAAUUAGUACUGAAGUUGUUCACAAUCUUAACUCAACACAAACUGAACCAUUGCUCAAACUCAUCUCAUCUGAGUUGGAUUGUAAAGUUGACGAUUUGGUUGAUUUUGAAUUAUGUUUGAUGGACUCAAAUCCUUCUUGUUUAUCUGGAGUUUAUGAAGAAUUUGUCUCCAGUGGUAGACUUGAUAACCUUGGAUCUUGUUUUGGUUCGAUUUCUGCUUUCACCGAUUUUGUUCUUAAUCAAGGUGAGGAUAACGACGCCGUGGUAGUCACUGUGAGCUACAAUUAUGAAGAAAUCGGUUCAUCGUUGAGUUACGGCGCUGAUUCCAACGUGACUUUUCUAUGGCUGGAGAAAUUGUUUGGAGCUUUGGGCGGUUCAUUGACGAGUACUCGGGACAGGGCCUUGGUCGUUAGCGCUGAUAUGGCUCACGGAGUCCAUCCAAACUACUCUGAGAAACACAUUGCUACUCAUUCACCCCAGUUCCACGGCGGGGUCGUUCUCAAGUGGAAUGUCAACGGCCGUUACGCGACCGAGACUCAGGCUUCAUCCUUGCUUCGUACUGCUGCUGCUUCUGCAGGAGUACCUUUGCAGGAGUUUAGGGUUGGAAAUGAGACUCCUUGCGGUAGCACUGUAGGCCCGAUGCUUGGUUCUCGUCUUUGCGUACCAGUGGCUGACGUCGGAUUUCCUCAACUUGCAAUGCAUUCAUGUCGUGAAAUGUGUAGUACCGUCGAUUUAUUACACUUUAAGCUGCUUUUACAGGAACUGUUUAACAACCCUUCGUUACUCGACUCAUAUAAUACUUUUAACUAUUAAUAUACUAUACAUAUA